AUGAUCCCAUUAUUUGGAGAUGAACAUAUCAGACGACGCAAGGAGAUCAACUUGGGUGGAAACCGCUCACAUUCGAGUCACGAAGACAUCCUCCUCCAGGCAAAGGCCCAGCGGUCGCAGCGCCACGAUCAGAAACGUCGGCAAGACAGUGCUGCAAGAAUUCAGGCUUGGUGGAGGGGUGUCCUGCAGUUGCGAUCCGUCAGGCAGGAUCUCCGGCGCAUUUUUGCGCAGGACGUAACCAGUCUUGUCGGGUUAAGAUGUCUUGUGCUCAUUGGCACGGAUGAGAAGCUUCUUGGGGCAUGGUCGAAUGCGAUAAUGAAUGAGGCACAAGACGUCUUGUUUAAUUCUGAACCAAGCUGGCGUGUACUCCUUCGGCGCACUGCAUAUCUACUUCUCCGAUCAAUAGCAACAUGGCCACAAUCCGAGUAUGCUCUAGCGCACUUGAACAUCCUCUGUCUUCUACUGUCCCGUAGUCCUUUUGCCGACGAGUAUCUCCAGUAUCUACUCAAUCACAAUUUUUACCGUUCAAUAGGUAAAGCAGUAUCGGCAAUUCCGGUUGAGGCCAAGACAUCGCCUUCCCUCCCGCCUUUAGUAGAAUUGAUAACAGCCCCAUUUACGAAAUCUGAUAUUAUAGGCCGAUGCCUUGAGGACGCGCUCGUAUACGUCCUCACCAUUCCGCUUCUCCCUAACCGUUUGCCUCUACAUUUGCUGACUUCUCUGUCUGCGCGCCUUCCCCUGACCUCUCUACACCUCAUGCCUACAUCGAUAUCUGAUAUCGUCGAUUGUUCCUAUCUGGCACCUCCUGAGUCAAAGAUUCACUUGUUGGCUAAUUUAGCAGUCCUCACUCCUCCAAGAUAUGCAAAGCUGACGCCAGCUGCGUUCGAGGUCUAUCUACAGCUCACCGCUGCCCUCAUGAACAACCUCCCUACUCAUGCCCUAGAACCACCAGAGAAUAAGCGUGAAAUUUCGCGGAACUGGGCCGAUGAAGACGAUUCAGAUGACGAUACACCCAAGGUGGCUAUUGUGACCUCAUUUGAGCCCGCGAAGCUGUCCACACCGUUGCCUGAGCUCGAUAAGCGGACACGCACGAGAUUGCAAACGCUACCGUCCCCCCAGCACCUUAAUAUUCUCUUAACUGCGGCUCAACAUCAUACUUCAAGGCUGAGUCUCAUCUCGUUCUGUUUUGCACUUACCACUGUUUGGCCAACGAGACGCGAUAAGGUGCUAGGGACCGCAGUGGCAUUCAAUGGAGGAGGUCUAGUGCGAGAAAUAUAUCGCCUCUACGUGAGGAGUUCGCCGUUGGGUCGUGACGAUGAAUCCAACGGGCUAACAAGUUCUGAUCGUGCAGAUGCGUGGCCGCCGUUGCUUUUCCUUGUUGACCUUUACACGCAGGCGCUGCUUACGAUGGGUGACGAUGAGUUCUUCUCGAGUGGGAUGAGCAACAGUGCACCGCGAAAUCCACUAACGGUUGAUGAGCUCACGACUUUCUCGCGCAAACUCCUGAACAUCGCAUUUGCCCUUUACUGGCGUGAGGAUCCGAAUAACAUUCAGCGUGGCGGCGUUCCCGGACUUGGCUACUUGAAAUGGGAGGACGUGAGAGAGAAGCUCACGAAAUGCUUGCAAGCCAUUCAUGUAAGAGACUCGAGAAGACCAUUCACUCCUACGGGGCAUUGGUUGGUAACCUCACAGGUGGAUAUGGCUACUUUCGUUCAAGCUGCUGUCCUCGAGGAGCGAAAUCUCGCCGUUCCCGAAGGCGCCCGCAUGCUAAGCAAGCGACAGAUAGCAUACAUGUCGCCGCGUCUCGGCAUUCUCAAUAAUAUUCCAUUCGCCAUUCCAUUCGAAGUUCGCGUGUCGAUUUUCAGGCAUUUCGUUGUCAACGACAUGGGCAGUCGCGGUGUAGAUAUGCACGAAUUUCGUGCUCGCAAUCGCGUUACAGUUCGACGCUCAUCUCUCGCCCAAGAUGGAUUCGAUAAGCUUCAGGACGUGGAUUUACAUGUCCCUAUCGCUAUCACGUUCAUCGACCAAUUUGGGAAUGAAGAGGCAGGAAUUGACGGCGGAGGUGUUUUCAAGGAGUUCUUAACAUCUCUAUGCAAGGAAGUAUUCGACACAGACCGAGGCUUGUGGCUUGCGAACAAGAAAAAUGAGCUAUACCCCGCACCUCACUCAUUGGCCACAGAACGUCAUAGCCUCAACUGGUAUCGGUUCAUCGGCCGGAUACUGGGAAAGGCGUUAUACGAGGGCAUUCUGAUUGAUGUUGCGUUUGCAGGUUUCUUCCUCGCAAAGUGGCUUGGCAAGCAAAGUUUUUUGGACGAUCUGGCGUCUUUGGAUCCCGAUUUGUACAAUGGUCUCCUUUUCCUGAAGCACUAUACUGGAGAUCCAGAAGAUCUGUCCCUGAACUUCACUGCUGCGGAAGAAGAGUUCGGUGUAGCACGAACAGUGGAGUUGAUUCCCAAUGGAAGCAAUAUUGCGGUGUCGAAAGAGAACCGGUUGCAAUACAUAUACCUUGUCUCGCAUUACCGACUGAGUAAACAAAUCAAACGCCAAAGCGAAGCUUUCUUUGAGGGUCUCUCAGAAAUGAUUGAUCCGAAGUGGUUGCGUAUGUUCAACCAACAGGAACUCCAGAUUUUGUUAGGAGGCGUGAACGCCCCUGUCGACCUUGAGAACCUUCGACAACAUACGAACUACGGUGGACUUUACGAUGACCACGAAACUACCAUUGAGCUGUUUUGGAAAGUUGUCAAUUCGUUCGAUCACGAACAGCGACGAGGUUUACUUCGGUUUGCAACAAGUUGCAGUCGACCACCUUUGCUCGGGUUCGAAGCGUUGGUCCCGAACUUUGCAAUCAGGGAUGCGGGCGCCGACGAGAAUCGUCUACCCACUGCUAGCACAUGUGUCAACUUACUCAAGCUUCCGCGCUACCAGAAUGAAACUGUUCUGCGCGAAAAGUUAUUACAAGCCAUCAAUUCUAAUGCAGGGUUUGAUCUCUCUUGA